GAGACGGUCACGGUGAAUUUCUCCUCGCUCUCUCAUCUUAUCUGCCACCAGGGUGGCACAUGUGCAGAACUACAGAGAGCGAGGAGAAAGUCACUUCCGGCGUGGCCCCUGGCCACGGAAGCUUGGAGGAUCCUGCCUUUGAAAACACUUGACACGAUGUCCACAUCACAGGCUCCUCUGCUCUGUCAAACAGUGUCAUGGAAUCUGUGGAGUGAAACCAGUGAGGGCGAAAAAAAUAAAUCAGAAAAAAAACUCACGAAAUUAUUUAUUUUUUUCUGCUUUAAUUUGCAAUGGCACAGAAGAUAACAUUCGCUUUCCAAACGUCACUCGGGGGAGUGACCGGUUGUUGUGACCUGGUUGAACAAGCAACGUUUAGAUCAAACCAGGAAGAAGUCUAACCGAACUUUAAUGUUUGCUGAGUGCGAGUGCUUGCUGGGGACUUUUGGGGUGGGUGUGGCUGAUAGCAGACAUAUAACGCAGAUUUAAAUGCUGUAGUUUAAAGGGCUUCGCGUGCGACCUUCCGGUCUAAAGCCAGUGGGCGUUCACCCGGAAAAGCGGCCGGAGGAACUGGCGCUGACCGCCGAUGAAUCCGAUGGACUUCCUGGAGCCCGAGGAGCUCCUGCGGUUUUUCCACUGCCGUAAAACCGAAAUGUCGUGCAUGGAGAAACCGCAAACCUUCCUCAGGCAGCUGAGGGAUUACAACCUGAUCCCGGAAGACAGAUACAAGAGGGUGAGUCGGAUGAAGAGUAAAGAAAACAUGAAGGCAGGCGUUUAUGACAUCCUGGAUCGGCUGGAGAGAGAGCAAUCUCAGCACAUCAAAGUUUUCUGGACGUGCGUCUUUAAGGAGACUAUCUUGCACGAAUACCCGACCCUGAGGCAGCUGCGGGACAGUCUAUUGGAUGGAUCUUACCAUUGUGACCUACGACUGGCUGAGAGGGUGGAGGAAGAGGAGGAGCAAGAUGGAAGGGGGAGGUUGGCACUCUCAGAAGACAAGGAGAAGAAAGCAAAGUUUGAGAUAAAGAAGAGGAAACGCAGAAAUGUGAGCACUUCCAACGAUGAGCAGGAGCAGCCAGGUCCAUCUUCCCUCUUGAGUCCAGGUCAGAGGAAAAAGUCCAAGAAAAUCCAUUUUUCCUCCCCUUUAAAGAAGGGCGAGAAGGGGGACAUUUGGACCUGGCCGAUAUAUAAGUCACAGCUGCCCGUGACCUGUGGACAAAUGAAGGGAACGCUUAUUCGAGAAAAAAUGGAGACAGGGGACAGAUGCAUCCUGGCCGAGAAACAGUGGUUCAAGCCCAAUGAAUUCGAAAAGUUUUCAGGAAAGGGGAGCUGUAAAAACUGGAAGACCAGCAUUCGAUGCGGCGGCACUACCCUCGGAAAACUUAUUAAGGAGGGCCAACUGAAAUCUGCAAUAUAUAGGAGAAGGAAAGCGGUCAGGAAAACUCCUCCUUCUUCAAAUGAUUCCAUCGCAGAGUCUGAUUCGGAGGAAGAGCACGAAGUUCAGGUUUUAUCAAAUGGAGAAGAGAAUCGGACAGAUGAGACAGAAGGAGAAGAAGGAGGGGAGACGGAAGAGGAGCAGCCAGAAGCCCGCUUCGACCAUAAUCAGAUGGUGUUCGACGUAACAUGUGGAGCUUUGUCUGGGACUUUAUACAAGAAGCGAUUUGUAUCAGGGCGUAUCGGGAAGAGCAUUCGCACUGACACCAGAUGGAUGAGUCCCAUAGAGUUCGUGAAAGCAGCAUCAGGCCAAACAGACGGGCCCUGGAGAAAAGACAUCGAAUAUGAUGGAAAACCUAUCAGUGAUCUCAUUAAGGCAGACGUUUUGAAGAUCCACUCUCUGCUAUGCACGUGCGGACUGUGCAGUGGACAGUCUGAGGACCUGGAAAAUGAGAGAAAUGACGACGAGUGCUGCAUCUGUAAAAGCGGUGGGGAGGAAGAGCUGGUUGUUUGCGACGAAUGCCCAAGGUCUUUCCAUCCCAAAUGUCACCUGCCUCAUGUGGAAGACGAGACAUUAAGGCCCGACCAAGCGUGGGCGUGCACAUUCUGUAUUUUCGACCAAUAUAAACAGUACCGAUCUGGAGAUGAGAGGAAUAUGGAAGAGGCCAUGUGCCGUCCAGUUUCUUUGCACCUGCUGGAGUGCCAGUAUCUCCUUCUGUUUCUGUUUAAUGCUGACAACGAGCAGAUAUUUGCCACCAACCCUCAGCUUCAUAUAGAUAAUUACUCCAGUUAUGUCAAGACCCCGAUGUGGUUGGGCAAGGUUACCGACAGGCUGCAGGGGAAGGAGUACUCCAGUGUCAACCAGUUUAUAUCUGACAUCCAGCUCAUAUUCACCAACUGUGCGUCAUACAAUAAGAAAAAUCCAGAAUUCCUGGCAAUGGGCAAACGGUUGAAGCAGCUGUUUGAGGGAGAAGUUAAGAUGGCCUUAAACAUCUCUGAGUCCUCUGACAUGUCGUGUUAAGUUCACAAACUGAUCUUGGGACAAAAUACCAUAAGUGAUCUCAAACAGCUGUCAUAACGGUGGCAGUUUUGCAGUUCUGACACAUGGCAGUAUGCAUUGAGACGACAGCAAAAAACUAUCCAUCCAUCCAUUUUCCACCGCUUAUCUGGGGUGUGUGUGUAUAUAUCUAUAUAUA